GAACUCUUUGUGUGCACAAUACGUUGAAGAGUGCUACAACACCAUGGAAGACAUGGCCGACGUGGAAAGUAAAAGUAGCGCAAAGGAAAAUAUACUUUAUGACUUAUCAGUUCUUGCUGAAUGGAAAUUAGAAAAUGAAUUAUUUACAAGAAGCCAGAAGGAAAAGCUAAACACAUCAUUAAUAGGCAGAGCAUCAUCCCUUGUGAGGCGGUCAACAUGGACCUUUCUCAGGAGUGUCGGGGUUGCGAUGCAGAUGCCCACCCCUUGCUUAUUGCCAGAACAGCUUGUCAGACUGAAAGCCUCUGAAAAUGGAUG